AUGGAUUCGGCCUCGCCCACCACGACCAGUUCGACGAACAGAGGGGGCCGUCCCAAAGACUGGACAGAGGAUCGGAGUCGGAGACUUGUCCGACUUUACGUCUAUACCAGGCUGCCCUUUGACAACAUCCUGAGUCUUCUGGGUAAUGAAGUUUGGAAGCCUGGCAAGGAUGCUGCCAAUAAGAUCAAGAACAACCUUCUUGGAAACGAUCCUCGAUGGAUGCGCCCCAAAGAUGAGGAGGACGAGAAGAGGCGUAUUGCUGGACUGAAGAACAGCCGCCGCGCCAAGCACUGUCCGCGGCGGCCAGCUCAGCAUGCCGCAAGGAGUCCCGAUGAACCGUUAUAUCCCAAAGAGGAAUCUCUUGACGGCAUCACCCUCGCUUAUUCUGACUAUCCGUCGUUCGAGCCGGUAGACGAUUCGCCAAUUGACCCAUCCGUAUACGGGACAGCUGCCACACACUUCAGUCCCGAUCAGGACUCUUUCCCCUCGGCCUACGAUGAGAUGGCAAUGCCCCGGUUUGCGCCUUGGCUCCUCAGUCGCCGCAAUGCCUCUAGACAGGGGACUGGUCUGACCAAUUCCACUGAUAUCAGCAUGAGUAACAGCAUACGACAGAAGCUUUCAUCUGUGACCCCGAGACAAGCCAAGAACGCUCUUCGGAUCUUGAAACAGUACACUUUCCCAACCAAUACCGACGCCAACCAAUCAUCAACCUUUUCGCCGGGCGCUUUUCCAGACAUUCAGUUCCGACCACGCUCAGAGCAGUUCUACCCCGCCGACGUCUCGGUCAUCGGGCAUGAGCGCGACUCUAAACAUGCAGUCCCCGGCGACUUCCUGAAUAUCGAACUGUUUGCACAAGGACGCCUAUGCACUGCCGGAUUAUUUGCUCACGAUGGUGGAAGUUGCUGGUGCAGGACUCGUGAUCAAGUCCAGCCGACACAGGCUAUAUGGACAAGGCUCGGUAAUCUUCUCGACAUUUCGAACCCAAACCUCGCUGUGAAAGACGCGUUUGGCAACACAGUGUUCCAUUAUCUUGCCACCGAAGGCUAUCAGGAUUCGUUCUUACACCUCGUCGGCGAAGCCUUAAUGCGAUCAAAUUUGCCGGUUUAUGAUGCAAACACAGCCGGCCAAACGUUCCUACACGUGCUUCAUCAGUCCUGGUACCAAGAGGGAUCCCGGUUAGACCAUCUUCUCGAGGCAAUCAGAAGCACUGAGUUCAACGUGCUCGCGACCGAUGUCUAUGGGCGUAGCUUCUUCCACGUGCUGCGACGAAACAUGACGGAUUCGGCACGCUUUCCACGUCUUGCCUUCGAUCUCAAUCUGCUGAACCGCCGCGAUGCGUUCGGGGAGAAGCCGAUGGCUGCUCGAGCCUCGAGACAAGACUACGACGCCAAUCAGCUCCAUACAAUGCUCCGUGUCGAUACCACGAACGCAAUUAACCACGGCCAGGGGAACAGCACACAACGUACAACCAGGGUCCCGUUUGACAGCAGAGAAGAUUCGCAGCUCGCUUCCCAUUGUGAGCUUUUGAAGGUUGUCACCAGCGCUAUGAGCGCUGAUCUCCCAAAUCCAUCAAUAGAAGAUGCAAGCGGGAGGAAUGGGUUCCACUGUCUUGCCGAAGCCAAACUAGACCUUGGGCCCUCCCGAACUUCAAGUGCCGGCUCGAAACAGCCGAAAAAACGCAAGUUCAGUGGAGAGGAAGAUUUGCCGCAAAGCCCCCGGGCAAAACAUCCUAGCCCCCGACUGCAGUAUCUGGAAGGACUGCUAUUCUACAAAGUCGAUGUCAAUCAUUAUGACAAGGACGGACGCACCCCUCUGAUGGCCUUUGUUCUCCACGGGCGCGACGAGUUCCGAUGGGAGAAGGAGGAGACUGAGAACAUCAUCCAGAGACUCGUCAAGUCGGGCGCCAAAAUCGAGGCACGGAACCGCCAAGGGGAGACAGCUCUCCAUCUCUCCGCGAGAUCCGGCCAGAAACUAGCCCUGAAAGUUCUGCUGGACUUGGGCGCCAACCCUCACGUGCGCAAUGCCCGAGGAUUGAGUGUGCUAGAGGUCUUGGACGCGUUGUACUACACCACCGAUAAGGAUGGGCUGUUCAAUGCACGGCUCGAGGCUUGUCGUGCCAUACUCACUGGACGUGCUGACGAGCCUGCGGUCCAGGGCCCUACUGUCCUGCAGGAAUGGGCGACGAGCAGACAAGCAAUCUCUACUUAG